CUCACCCAGCACGCUCUCUUUAGCUGGCAGUACACAGCACAACUCUGCACUGAACUCUCCACAUUCGUCAUACUUCUCACAGGGUCCAAGAACCCCACGCAUACGCAAGGUCUCUGCUUUAUCCGAUUUUGCACCUGUAAAUCUACGCGUAAAGAAACGGAGGAAGGGUGUUAAGUACCAUGAUAGACGUCAAGAGUGGUUAUUUGUCCUCGUUCGAUGGCCGUUGUUGAUACUUAUUUUCUUGUUUAUAUUCUUCGAAUUUGGGAUGUACGUGGCAGUACGACAGUGUGUGAACGCGAAGGAAUGGUUCACAGCAUGGCGAGGCCGCAAAGGGCAACUUCGCAAAAAGCUGCGUGCCGCAACGUCAUACGAAGAAUGGAAGCGGGCUGCAUUAGAAUUAGAUGCUUACUUGGGAUUUGACGACUGGAAGCGAAUUGAUGAGGAUCCGUUUUAUGACUGGCGGCUUGUUCGGAAAGUGUUGAAGUCCUUGAGAACUUUGAGGAGGAGUAAAGAUGUGCGGGGCGUGCUUGGCGUGUUGGAGACGUGCCUGCGAACGAACUUUGCCGGUGUGGAAAGUGCAAGGCUUUAUAGCGAGACGUUCUAUGCAUCAAAAGAUUUGGUUGAAGCCUACAUAACCGAAGUUGAGAAUGCUCUGGUCUAUAUCCGGGAGUCCAACGUCCUGUCGAACGAGGAGAAGCGACGCUUUUUCAAGACCGCUAACAUGAAUCUUGGCAUCUCUGCUCUAUGCCUCUCUGGCGGUGCCACUUUCGGAUAUUAUCACUUCGGAGUCAUCAAAGCAUUCGUAGAAGCCGACCUUCUUCCACGAGUAAUUACUGGCACGUCAGCAGGAGGCUUGGUUGCAGCACUAGCUGCGACCCGAACAGAUGCCGAGUUAAAAGCUUUGCUCGUACCAGAACUAGCAGAUAAGAUCACAGCUUGUGAAGAGCCGUUCAGGGAUUGGUUUAAACGGUUCCAAAGAACAGGCGCGAGGUUCGAUAAUGUUGAUUGGGCUCGAAAGGCUUGUUUCUUCACAAGAGGCUCACUCACAUUCCGUGAGGCUUAUCAGAAAACGGGACGUAUCUUGAAUAUCUCCGUCAUACCCGCCGAUCGUCACAGCCCGACGAAACUUCUGAACUACCUCACCGCGCCUGACACGGUAAUAUGGAGCGCACUCAUCGCCUCUGCUGCGGUCCCCGGAAUCCUCAACCCUGUCGUGCUAAUGCAGAAGACGAGAGACGGUAAUCUGAUUCCUUGGAACUGGGGCUCGAAGUUCAAAGAUGGCUCGUUGAGGGUCGACAUCCCGCUCCAAUCUUUAAACCAUUAUUUCAACGUCACCCAUCCCGUUGUGUCGCAAGUAAACCCACAUGUUCACCUGUUCUUCUUCGCGCCUAGAGGUUCCGCAGGGAAGCCUGUUGCUCACAGGAAAGGGAAAGGAUGGCGGGGGAACUUCUUGCUUUCGGCUGCCGAGCAGUGGCUUAAGCUCGAGCUUACGAAGAACUUCAAGGUCAUUCGAGAUCUAGACUUACUUCCGCAGCUUCUAGGUCAGGAUUGGUCAAGUGUUUUCUUGCAGAGGUUUGAUGGUACUGUAACGAUCUGGCCAAAAACUCGUUUCCGGGACUGGAUAAACAUCCUGAGUGAUCCUUCCAGAGCUGAACUGGAGAGGAUGAUGAAGGUUGGCGAGGCUGUGACAUGGCCAAAGCUACACAUGAUCGAGAACCGCCUACGUCUUGAGCGCGAAAUUCUUCGAGGCCGCCGAGCCGUACGUAAGACAACAUUCCCUCGUGGGCCGAUGCCCGUUACAGAUGUCGACACCGGGAACGCGCCAGACAUAAGCAUGGGGCACGUUACGUCUCCAACGAAAGACCAUGGUGAAGUUCCUUGGCCAAUGGAUACCGACACCGAUAUGCCAUUUAGAUAUGAUAGCAAGGAUGGGAAGUUACGUAUCUGGCCGAGGAUGAAAGACCAACACGCUUCGGGGAGCUCUACGCCUAUUGAGUUGAAGGAUAGUCCCGAUCCGUUGCGUUCUCCUGCUCGUCGGAGGCGCUGGACGUCCCAGUUAUUUGAGAGCGGGGAACAAGGUCCUGGUGCAGUGAAGGUAAAAGAUGAUUACGGACUUGCUACGCCUGAUCCGUCGGAAGAAAAUGUAGCUGCUGCAGGUGCAGCUUCACCACCAGCUCCGCAGCAACAGCAACAAGGAUUCAUGCGUUUCGGUCACCUCCCCUCUGGAGUCUUACGUUCUCUACGAGACCGGUCAUUCGCUCGACUAUCAGUUCCAUUCAAGUCGCAACAGCAUAAAGGCAAGGAUAACGCUGAGGACCAGCAAGCGCAACAACAACAACAGCAAGAGGUGGACACAGCGUGGAGUAGUGAUAGUUCAGAGCUCGAUGACGAGCUUGACCUGCCUGAAGGUGAUUUCCGCGAUGAUGACGAGUUUCAGGGACCUGUAAUGUCUUCUAGUCGGGAAUUGUGA